AGUUAUGAAUCUUUAGACAUUAAACAAAGUAACUGAAAUGUAGGAAGAGGCGAGAAUGACCCCCCGACCGAUCAAAGCCCACUUGUGGCUGCAUCCCGGGCCCAGUGUCUAAGUCCCGCUGCUGUCACUGCCACCACCAUGCCCAAGAAGAAGACCGAAGGGGAUGCUAAAGGAGAUAAAGCCAAGGUGAAGGACACACCACAGAGAAGAUCCACGAGGUUGUCUGCUAAACCUGCUCCUCCAAAGCCAGAACCCAGGCCUAAAAAGGCCCCUGCCAAGAAGGGAGAGAAGGUACCCAAAGGGAAAAAGGGAAAAGCUGAUGCUGGCAAGGAGGGAAAUAAUCCUGCAGAAAACGGAGAUGCCAAAACAGACCAGGUCAGGAAAGCUGAAGGUGCUGGAGAGGCCAAGUGAAGUGUGUGCAUUUUUGAUAACUGUGUACUUCUGGUGACUGUACAGUUUGAAAUACUCUUUUUUAUCAAGUUUUAUAAAAAUGCAGAAUUUUGUUUUACUUUUUUUUUUUUCCAGCUAUGUUGUUAGCAUACAGAACACUUCAUUGUUGUUUUUUGGGGAAGGGGCAUAUGUCACUAAUAGAAUGUCUCCAAAGCUGGAGUGAUGUGGGGAAAACACGUUUCCCUUCUGGUUUUGGGAGACUUCCUCUUGGCUCCCAGCAGGAGGGAUUCCCUGACUUUCAUACACAUGACCACCUUGGCACAAAAG